AAAGCAGCAAGAGAGAGAAAUUAAAAAGGGAAAAAAGCCCAAUAGCCUGGAGAGGCUUGUAUGUUUGCCCUUUGUAAUGACGUAGUGUCCUGUGCCUCUCCCCUCAUUCCCUUCCCCUCCCUUCGGCCAGCCCCCACCCCUCGCCCCUCACAGCCUUGGAAGCCACAGUUAAGCGGCUCUGGGAUAAAACACACUGGCUGCAGGAGGACUGGGGCAUUGCUUCAAGAGAUGGCAAGGCAGCUGGCUGCAUCCCUCCUUCCCGGAGUCCUCCUCCUCCUCGCCAUCCUCCCGACUUCUCGGCAAGGAGGGGUGCCUGGUGCUGGCGGGGGAGUUCCGGCUCUAGGAUAUUACCCAGGAGCUGCUGGGGUUGGAGGCCUGGGAGCAGGAGGCCUAGGGGCUGGAGCUGGACUCGGGGGUGCAGGGUUCGGUGUUGGCGCGAAACCUCCCAAGCCAGGCCUCGGGGGACUCGGCACACUUGGCCUGCAGCCAGGUGGUGUCGUCCAGCCAGGUUUCUACCCGGGCGGCCUCUACCCGGGCGGCCUCUACCCAGGGGCUGGGCUGGGAGCCUAUAAAGCUGCUGCCAAAGCUGGUGCUGGUGUGGGCGGAGUGGGCGGAGUCGGCGGUGUGGGUGGACCCGGCGGUGUCGGGGUCUCCACAGGUGCUGUAGUGCCCCAGACUGGGGUGCAGCCAGGAGUAGGUGCUGGAGGGAAACCUGCCAAGAUACCAGGUGUUGGCAUUCCAGGUGUGUUCCCGGGCGGCGUGCUCCCAGGAACAGGGGUCCGUUACCCUGGCAUAGGCGUCCUGCCUGGUGUGCCCACUGGGACUGGAGUCAAGGCAAAAGCCCCAGGUGCAGCAGGAGCCCUUGCAGGAAUUCCCGGAUUUGGAGGCUUCGGGGGCCAGCAGCCCGGCGUCCCUCUGGGAUAUCCCAUCAAAGCCCCCAAGCUCCCAGGUGGCUAUGGGCUGCCCUACAGCACUGGAAAGCUGCCUUACGGGUACGGACCAGGCGGGCUAGGUGCCGGUGCUGCCGGAAAGGCAGGAUACCCCACAGGGACAGGAGUUGGAGCUCAGGUAGCAGCAGCUAAAGCAGCAGCUAAAUAUGGUGCUGGCGUCGUGCCUGGUGCUGCUGGCAUCCCUGGAAUCGGAGGCCUCGGAGGCCUGGUGCCCGGAGUUGGGGGUCUCCCUGGAGUUGCAGGUGUCCCAGGGGUUGCAGGAGCUGGAAGCCCAGCGGCAGCAGCGGCAGCAGCAGCAGCAAAAGCAGCCAAGUACGGCGCGGCUGGUGUUGGAGGCCUGGUGCCCGGUGUUGGUGGUGUCCCUGGCGUGGUGCCCGGUGUCGGCGGUAUCCCUGGUGUCGGCGGUGUCCCUGGCGUGGUGCCUGGUGUCGGCGGUGUCCCAGGAGUUGGAGCUGGAAUACCAGCGGGAGCGGCAGCAGCAGCAGCAGCAGCAGCAGCAAAAGCCGCCAAGUACGGCGCGGCUGGUGUUGGAGGCCUGGUGCCCGGUGUUGGUGGGGUCCCUGGCGUGGUGCCCGGUGUCGGCGGUAUCCCUGGUGUCGGCGGUGUCCCUGGCGUGGUUCCCGGUGUCGGCGGUGUCCCAGGAGUUGGAGCUGGAAUACCAGCGGGAGCGGCAGCAGCAGCAGCAGCAGCAAAAGCCGCCAAGUACGGCGCGGCUGGUGUUGGAGGCCUGGUGCCCGGUGUUGGUGGUGUCCCUGGCGUGGUGCCCGGUGUCGGCGGUAUCCCUGGUGUCGGCGGUGUCCCUGGCGUGGUGCCUGGUGUCGGCGGUGUCCCAGGAGUUGGAGCUGGAAUACCAGCGGGAGCGGCAGCAGCAGCAGCAGCAAAAGCCGCCAAGUACGGCGCGGCUGGUGUUGGAGGCCUGGUGCCCGGUGUUGGUGGUUUCCCUGGCGUGGUGCCCGGUGUCGGCGGUAUCCCUGGUGUCGGCGGUGUCCCUGGCGUGGUGCCCGGUGUCGGCGGUGUCCCAGGAGUUGGAGCUGUAAGCCCGGCAGCAGUGGCAGCAGCGAAAGCAGCAGCGAAAGCAGCAGCAUACGGGGCUGGACGCGUACCAGGUGUGGCACCCGGAGUUGGAGGCUUGGUGCCUGGUGUUGGUGGAGCCCUGGUGCCCGGCAUUGGAGGAGUCGUCAGUCCGGCAGCAGCAGCCAAAGCAGCGGCUAAAGCAGCCAAGUACGGAGCUGGCGGGGUCGGAGGCCUGGUGCCCGGUGGAGUCGGAGGCCUGGUGCCCGGUGGAGUCGGAGGUCUGGUGCCCGGUGGAGUCGGAGGCCUGGUGCCCGGUGGAGUUGGAGGCCUGGUGCCCGGUGGAGUCGGAGGCAUCCCAGGACUCAGUCCCGCAGCAGCUAAAGCAGCUGCCAAAGCAGCCAAGUACGGUGCUGGCGUCGCACCUGGAGUCGGCGGGGUGCCAGGCUUAGUGCCUGGGGCCGGCGGGCUGCCAGUCGCAACGCCGGGGGCUGGCGGGCUGCCAGUUGUAACGCCGGGCGCUGGGGGAGUGCCAGUCUUUGUGCCUGGUGCAGGAAGAGUGCCAGGCACGGGCAUUAUACCUGGAGUAGGGAUUCCCCAGCUGGGCGUGCAGCCGGGCGCCAAGCCUCCAAAGUACGGGUUCGGUGUUGGGGGCCUGCAGCCAGGGGCUGGAGUUCCUGGCUUCGGUUUGUCUCCCAUUUACCCAGGUGGACUCGCUGGCCAGCUGGGAUACGGUGGAAAACCUCUCAAGACCUAUGGUGGGGCCCUGGGAGCCCUGGGAUACAGAGGUGGCGUGGGCUGUGCGCAGGGGAAGUACUGUGGCAGGAAGCGGAAGUAACCCAGCCAGGCUGCUACCAUUAACCUCAUGAACUUUGGUGCUACUGCAUGGUCUAGAAUGUAAACCCUGAGUAAAGCAGUGAUCCCGCCCCCCUCCCCCGCUCCCCCCGCCGGCCCCCCGGAGGGAAUUUCACAGCCCCUGAUGCCCCCUUCACUCCGGCCCGGGGGUCCCCGCCCUCUCUCCAGCGGGAAGCACAGAACAAACUGCGGGAAACGCCAUUCCCACUGGUGCUAAAGCUCCCUGCGGGGAGAGCCGGGCAGGCCUCCAUGGGGCAGGGGCUUCUCUGGGCAGGGCCCCUCCCCAGGGGCCCUGGCGGGGAGGAGAUGGGGGCUGGUUUCCAAGAGACCAGCGAGGGGCUGGGCUCCACCUGCCGCCAGCACAUGGGCGAAUGGCCCAUCAGCAGCGCCCGGCUCCAGCACAUCCUAGCUGCUCCCAAGACUCCGUCCAGCUGGCAUUCGUGCCACGUGCCAGGGACUGCUUAGCAGCUAGCCAGCCUUGAUCCCCCAUCCUUGUGUCUGUCAGCCCCAUCCGUGCCUGCCCGCCCCAGGGCCCACGCUGCAGGGUGCCACGGGAUGGGGUUUGUGGGCUCCAUGCAGGCGGGCAGGGGAAUGCCUCCUGCUCAGACACUCAUGCCAGUGGGGCCAGUAGGGGCUCGUGGGUGGGUUAAAUUCACCCAGAGUUCUUUGCAGCAGGGCCAUCUGAUUGGCUGAUCUGUCCUCGCGCUGGAGGACACGGCCCUCCCGGUGCGUGGGGAGGGGCUGGCACUAUCAGCAGAGCCAAGUCACUAACACUGAUGGGAUUAGCCAUGCGCCCGCCCUCACUCAGCAGUACUGUACGGGCAGCCAGCGCCAGCCCAGCCCUGCCGUGUCUCCGAGGCCCCGCUGGGACCUGCCCUUCCUCUUGCCCUGGAUGCCCGUGUGUUCCUGAGAGCCGUGGGCCAGAAGGACUCGCCCCUCUCCAUGUUACUCACUUGGUAUAGCUCGGGUGGGACAUGUUAUAAAGAGGGAAAGUAACUGCUUCCAAACGACUAAUAAACAAUGACUUCUAAACCA